CCCUACCCGAGUCACCGGUGUUCAGUUUGUCUCCAGUGUCUCCGAGUUACACUGCGUGUGUGUGUAUAUGUGUGUGUGUGUGUGUGUGUGUUUCGUUCUUGUGUUUGUUCUGGAUUACAUAAGAGGCAGAAUAAAGAAAAGUCGUAGGCACGCGCAGGUCGCACUGCUGAAGUGACUCGUGUGUGAUGUGACUGGUUACAGGACAAACACAGACAGACAGAAGGACAAAUGGAUCAGAAUGUUUAAAAGUAAACAGACCCAUACAGUGAGCUGAAAUCUGUAAGAAAUGAGUGACGUUGUGGAGAAUUUGGACCCUCGGGAGCUCGACAUUGAUGAGGAGGAAGCUGAAGAAGUGGACUUUGAUCCAGGUGAAUGUCGCAUCCCAUUUUCUGCAGUGUACAAGACGGUGGGGUUUAAAGAAUCUGACUCUCAAGUGUUUCUCGUCACUGAGCCAAUUACAGCCCGGGUUCUGGAAGUGGAGCGAUUCACCAGGGCAUUGGACCGAUUUAACCCAUCUAGCAGAAGGAGGGGAUCCAAGGUUAUGACAGCUGUAUUCCGUAUCGAGUUGAAACACGGAAACUUCACUUGGGUUGUAAAGAGGAAGGAGAAACACUUCAUGGAGUUGCACAGAGAGUUACUGCGCUACAAAACCUUCAUAAGGAUUCCUUUACCUUCACGCAGUCACACCGUUCGCAGAAAGAGUGUCAAUAAGGCCGAGGUUCGGCAGAUGCCCAUUUUACCCCGGGGAGGGAGAGAGGAAAUCACGCGGGACGAGCAGGUGUCCAGCAGACGAAAACAGUUGGAAGAUUACCUGAACAAACUGCUGCGCAUGAGCACCUACCGCAAAUACCACGCUACUAUGGAGUUUAUUGAUGUGAGUCAGAUGUCCUUCAUUCAUGACUUGGGCCCUAAAGGCUUAGAGGGGAUGGUGUACAAAAGGUCAGGAGGUCACCGCAUUCCUGGCAUGAACUGCUGCGGUCGCAGUCAGAUCUGUUAUCGGUGGUCUAAGAGAUGGCUGGUGAUGAAGGACUCCUUUCUCAUGUACCUGAAACCGGACACCGGCGCCGUGUCUUUCGUCCUUCUGGUGGACAAAGAGUUCAGCGUAAAGAUAGACUUCAAACACACCGAGACCAAAUACGGCGUGAGGAUUGACAACCUGUCCAGGUCUUUGGUGUUAAAGUGUAACAGUUAUAGACACGCCCGAUGGUGGGGACAGUCCAUCGAGGACUUUGUACUGAAACACAGCCGGGCGUUUAUCAGGACAAAUCGCUUUUUAUCUUUCGCCAGAGAAGAGGAAAACAUCCCUGCCAAAUGGUAUGUAAACGGAAAGACUUACAUGGAGGACGUAGCAGAUGCUCUGGAACACGCAAAAGAGGAGAUCUUUAUCACGGACUGGUGGCUGAGUCCGGAGAUCUUCUUGAAGAGGCCGGUGGUGGAAGGUAACCGCUGGAGGCUUGACUGCAUCCUCAAGCGCAAAGCGCAACAAGGUGUGCGUAUUUUUGUGAUGUUGUAUAAGGAAGUUGAACUCGCCCUCGGCAUCAACAGUGAAUACAGCAAAAGAACGCUGAUGCACCUUCACUCCAACAUCAAGGUAAUGAGGCACCCUGACCACGUGUCCUCUUCAGUGUAUCUUUGGGCUCAUCAUGAGAAGCUGGUCAUCAUCGACCAAUCAGUGGCCUUCGUCGGAGGAAUUGAUUUAGCGUACGGUCGCUGGGACGACCGCGAACACCGACUCACUGACGUCGGGAGUGUGACUCGCUCCACAGCUCAGGAUCAGGUGGACGGUUUGGCGCUUAAAGAACUUUCCUCUGUUAACGGCUCCAGAUCUCUGGAUUUAGCCGAACUUCCCAAACUGAAGGGCGUCGGCCGAACGAGAAAAUCCCGCUUCGGCUUCUAUAGACACCUCCACAAACACACACACAACGGUUUGAGCAGCGAGGACGGUGACGAGAGCUCCAUGUACAGCCUACAGACAGGUGUAGGUGAGCUGCUGGGAAACACUCGCUUCUGGCACGGGAAAGAUUACUGCAACUUCGUCUAUAAAGACUGGGUUCAGCUGGAGAAACCCUUCGAUGAUUUCAUUGACCGAUACACAACUCCCAGGAUGCCCUGGCACGACAUCAGCUCGGUGGUUCACGGCAAAGCGGCAAGGGACGUAGCACGGCAUUUUAUACAGCGCUGGAACUUCACCAAGAUAAUGAAGCCGAAGUACCGUUCUCUCUCGUACCCCUUUUUAUUGCCCAAAUCUCACAGCACUGCUAAUGACCUGCCGUAUCAGGUGCCCAAGUGUGUGACCACCAAAGUCCAGGUGUUGAGGUCAGCAGCUGAUUGGUCAGCAGGUAUAAAAUACCACGAGGAGUCGAUACACAAUGCCUACAUUCAGGUCAUCGCAAAGAGCAAACACUUCAUCUAUAUCGAGAAUCAGUUCUUCAUCAGUUGUGCUGAUAACAAACAGGUUUACAACAAGAUUGGAGAUGCUAUCAUCGAGAGGAUCAUCAGAGCUUACAAAGAAAAUAACAAGUUCCGUGUGUAUGUGGUCACGCCGCUGCUGCCAGGGUUUGAGGGUGAUAUCUCCACUGGAGGGGGCAGUGCACUACAGGCUGUAAUGCACUUUAACUACAGGACUAUGAGCAGAGGAGAAUACUCCAUCAUCUCUCAGCUCAAAAAAGAGAUGAAUGACCAGUGGAUGAACUACAUCUCUUUCGGGGGGUUGAGGACACACUCUGAGUUGGAGGGGCGACUCGUCACUGAACUCAUUUAUGUCCACAGUAAGAUGCUGAUUGCAGACGACAGGACUGUCAUCAUCGGUUCUGCGAACAUUAAUGACCGGAGCAUGUUGGGGAAGAGGGACAGUGAGGUGGCCGUGAUCAUCGAGGACACGGAGAAGGUGCCGUCUGUAAUGGAUGGACAGGAGUACCAGGCGGGGAAAUUCGCCCUGCAGCUGCGGCUCGAGUGUUUCAAGACGAUUCUCGGAGCCUUCACUGAUCCCUCAAUCAAUGUAACUGAUCCAAUCAGUGAUCGCUUUUAUAAAGAGGUCUGGAUAACAACCGCGAGCAGAAACGCCAGCAUCUACGAGAAGGUGUUUCGUUGUCUACCAUCCGGUUUGGUGAGGAAUCUCCAGGAGCUUGUGAGCUUCCAGACUAAACCUGGUUUGGAUAAAGACCCAGCUAAAGCUCAGGAGAUGCUGAAGAAGAUCCGAGGAUUUCUGGUUCAGUUUCCUCUCGAUUUCCUGAGCGAGGAAAAUCUCAUGCCUUCUGUAGGCACCAAAGAAGCCAUGGUUCCUACUGAAAUAUGGACCUGAUGAUGCUGACACACAUGAAGGUGGUUUAAAUGAAGGAACCCAUGAGGACAAGUUUCAUCAGUUUAUUUUCCUCCUUUUAUCAGAAGCUUUCUGUUCAUCUAAAGCAGAACUGAAGUGUAAUUGAGGAGCAGCUGGUCUGAGAACACCACCGUGUUCAGGUCCUGCAGCGUUCAGCAUACGUUCAGGUCCUGCAGCGUUCAGCACUUUUAGCCAUCGUGCUACGUCAUCGCUGUAGCGGAAUCUAGACUAGGCUUCAGCUAACGACACAGACAACUAGCUAACAUGCUAACUAGUAAGUUAGUCAUGUGAGUGAGUUACAGCUGUGUGUUAGUGUUACAUUAACAUGUUCCUUUAAUCACUGAACAUCUCGUGUGUGUGUGUGUGUGUGUGUGUGUGUGUGUGUGUGUGUGUGUGUGUGUGUGUGUGUGUGUGGGCCACAUUUCUAACCAAAUGUCUUUGUCAGAACUUUCAGAGUUUUGUUUGAGUAACAAAGUCAUGAGAAAAGAACAAACUUUAUUAUCGGUGUCUAAUAAAUUGAGCAAUUUUACGUUUUUAUACCUGAAUGUUGUUUAGGGGGAAAAUGCUGAAUUAUUUUUCUGUCUGUGUGUCUGUCUGUCUGUCCAUCUGUCUGUCUGUCUGUCUGUCUGUCUGUCUGUCUGUCUGUGUGUGUAAAUUAUUCUAUUUCCUUGUUAACACAUCUGUAGCAUUUUGCACAUUUUUAUUGCUUUUAUUUGUGUUUGUUUCAGUCUGAAUAAAUGAACAAAUAAAUGAAACCUGAUGAUAGUAA